AUGGUAAGAAUUGCUAAACCAUUGUAUGAUUUUUAUAAAGAAUUACCUGCUAGAAUGAAAGAGAUUGUACGUACAUGUCAAAUUGAUAAUGAACGAGAAUUACAACGGCGUUUCGAAACAAAAUUACCUGCAACAUUAGAAGGUGAUGAAAUUGACAAAAUUGAACUUGAACGUAGUAUUCAAGAUGUAGAUGCUGAAUGUGAUUGA